CGGCAUCAACGGCUUAUGGAAGAAAGUUGGUUCACUCUGACAAUUUACUCGUUCGAAUUCACUGUCAAGAUGAAGACAUCAUAUUUUUGCGGUCUCUUACUAUCGGCAUUAAUGGUCCAGAUUUCAUCUGCGGAGAUUAGUGAGUUUGAUAAAAUAACAACGAGCUUGAUGCAUUCUUUGGUUGACAUUAUGGAAAUACCAUACAGAAAAAUUGAAAAUAUCUUAGAUCCAUCGGUUGCUGGUAAAAAAAAAGAACCAUUUUUAAAAGAUAUUGUAAACAAAUUUAACCAAAAAAAAGAACAAAUUGAAAAGAACUACUUGGAAUCACGAACCUCGGAAGAAAGAGAAUUUAUAAAGAAGAAAUUAGUCGAUUAUUCCAAUGCUUCACAAAAACUAGUUAAUGCGAUUUGGGAUGCUAGUAAUACGGCCAAAAUGACGAUAAAUGGAUUUUUUAACACUCUACCGAAAAAUGUCCAGAACAAAGUACUUGAUUUGGGAAAAGACUUGAAUAAUAUUUUACAUAAAAUAAAGCAGGCAUAAUCCAAAAAUGAAUUUCCUGCUGAAGAAAAUAAACAGCUCUACGCGAUCAAAAGUAUUUAUAAAGACCAACGAAUUUUUUCGUCAAUAUUAUUGAAUCAUUUUAAAUUACCUAUGACUAAUGA